GCCCAGUAUUGCUGGCAGAUGACCAUCACUCUCAGUAAAGAGGCAACCCCGAUUUAGUAAUAUAAUAAGUUUAUUCUGAUACGGAGGAUAUGCGGCCUUGUGUGCUGCUGUGCGCGAGCGGCAGCGUGGCGACAGUCAAGGUGCCGGAGAUCGCUGUGCGGCUAUCGGAGACGGCAGAGGUGUGUGUGGUGCUCACCAAGUCGGCGGAUUUCUUUCUUCAACGUGCCAAGGACUACAACGAAGCGGCCUGGGAGGAGUUCCAUGCAGCAACGCAAUUGUCUGGUGGUGGUAAAGGCAGAAUUGUUGUCGUUCGAGACGAAGACGAAUGGGAGGGAUGGAACGUCGUAGGGGACAGCGUGCGCCACAUUGAGGUGCGUCGGGAGCGAAGUGGCGGUGAUAAUUACACUAACGCGCGAACCCCUAUCGCUCUGUGUGCGCGUUUAACUUUGCUGCAGCUGAAGGACUGGGCAGAUGUGAUGCUACUGGCACCAAUGUCGGCGAACACGCUAGCGAAGCUCGCGAAUGGCUUGGCUGACAACCUCCUCGUACGUUCUUGAGCUCGUUAUUGGGUGCAUUUUUGACGUGAUGUUUGUGGUAUUACAUGGACAGACCUGCGUCGCUCGGGCGUGGAUCAUGACCAAGCCUUUCAUCUACGCUCCUGCCAUGAACACGGACAUGUGGAACCACCCGAUCACUGCACAACAGAUUCGAGUGCUGGACGAGUUUGGGUACAAGAUGGUUCCUCCAAUCGAGAAGAAAUUGGCCUGCGGAGUUGUUGGCAACGGAGGCCUUGCAACAGUCGACAGCAUCGUCGCCUUCACACUCGACCAGCUGCAUCAAGUAUCUCGCGUCGAAUAGAUCAAAAGGGAAACAGCAUCAAAAUACAGGUAUAUGCACUCUACA